GAACAUGAGUUCCCGUUUGACCAUCAUAUCACAAGACCUACACAUCGAGGGUGGUCAAAGACAGAUGCGCUCCGUCUCCAGCCCUCACAUUGCGCGCUUUUUACGCACACUGGAUAUUUGACUCCUCAGUCCUCAGCACAAUGUCAAACGUCAGAAAACCGCAUUAUUCUAUAGUAAGAGGCUGCGUGUCAUUCAUUUUGUGCUCUUGAGGGGGCCAGUUUGUUUCUCCUCGUGCAGACGAAAUGACCAGCUUAUUAUUGGUUUCAGCGAUUUUUUCUUAGGCUUUCUUUCACCAUUUCAAUUCUGAAGAUCUGUCAAAGAGGGAUUUAUAACUUUAGGAUUUAGGUCAGAAUCGUCGGUAUCUGCGGAUAUCGCCGUCAGGGGAUAAAUCAAAAGGAGAUGAUGGCUUUACCGUUCCUCUACGUGCUGUGCAUGUGGCUAAGUUUCGUCUGUCCUUCGCUGGGAACAGGGUUUGUUUAUCAUUUUCCAGGCAUCACUCUGCAGCGACAGCGCAUCAAAUCGGAACAGAGCGGCAGCACCGGACCGCCAGGGACCAGGUCCCGUACCCAACUCGGGAACUGGUGUCAGUACACUGUUUCCAGAACAGUGUCCUGUCAGGUGCACAACGGGACAGAAACCACCGUGCAGAGAGUGUUUCAGGGCUGCCGAUGGCCCAGACCCUGCACCAAAGUCAUCAGCUACAGGACCCUGAUCAGGCCGUCCUUCAAGGUUUCCUACAAGCAAGUGACUGCACUGGAGUGGAGAUGCUGCCCAGGGUUUGUGGGAGAAGAGUGUCGAGAAGAGUGUUUGAACUGUACCAGUUUCACUGACAUGAACAGCAGAAUUAAUGCCAUUGAAUCAAAGAUCAAGCUGUUAGGAGCGGGACGCUCAUUCCUGCCGACAGCCAGCCGUUUACCAGAGGGCCCAACAGCCAACGAGGUGGUCGCUCCCCAACCCACUCCUAUUGGACCGCCAUCAUACCUGCCACCAGGGCCCAUCGGACCACCAGGGCUUCCAGGUUCUGCUGGGCCUCCGGGUCCGGCUGGAAGAGCAGGCCUAUCUGGACCCACCGGACCAAAGGGGGACAGAGGUCUAGCAGGAGUUACAGGACACCCCGGCCCUGCUGGCCCUCCUGGCCCACCAGGUCCUUUAGGGCCGAGCUCCUCUCCUGUACGAGAGCGCGGUGACGUUUUUCACAUGGACAACCAAGAGGAGAAUCUUCCUGCUCAUCAGCUCAUAGUCGGGCCUCCUGGUCCAACUGGUCCAACUGGUCCAACUGGUCCCCUCGGUCCCUCAGGGCCUCCGGGACUGAGAGGACCAGCAGGAUUACCAGGCCUGCCGGGACGAGAUGGCAAGCAGGGCCUCCAAAGCAUGCCCGGGGACCCUGGGCCUAAAGGAGACCCAGGAGAAAGGGGCACUCCAGGUGGAGCAGGCGAACAGGGCCUAACUGGAGCACCCGGGCCAGAAGGAGAGCCAGGACAAGGCUUGAACGAGGGCGAGGCUGUGCAGCAGCUCAGGGAGGCCCUGAAGAUCCUGGCCGAGAGGGUCCUCAUCCUGGAGCACAUGAUUGGCGUUCAUGAGAACUCUGAAGGAUCUGGAUUUGGCAGCCUUUCGGACCCCCUGUCUUUCUCUGCCAUAAAGACCAAGCGACUUCAGCCUGUUCAAAACACUCUUCAAGCUCCAGUACUGGGGAGACAAAGACAAACUCCCCUUUAAGGGUUUUGUCUAAUUAUGUAUUUAUGUGUAUAAUUGUGACCGAUGGGCACAUUUUGCUUCACUGGACUUACACUUUUUGUUUAUAUCGUGUUUCUCAUAUUAUUUCAAUUUUAUUGGCAACUAUUGUCUUUAACAGCUGUAAAAACAAAGAGAUGUUGAGCAUUUUAUCCACAUGAAAGGCUUUAUUCAGCCUUUUUGACCCUGUUGCUGUUUGCUCUUAGUCUACAUAACCUCAUCAGCAGCCCUUGUACAAUUUUUUACCAUGGAAUAUAAUCUCAUAAAAUGUUAUGAGGGUUUUGGCAUCUUUCAUUCCUCAGAUAACAGACUGUCCAGUAAACACAUCAGUUUCCUUGGCUGAUGUUGCAAAGCUCCUCAGGCUACAAUGUGAGUUCCCAAGAGCUGGACCCAAAAUAUAGUAUUUAGUGUCAAACACAUUCUUGGAUCGACCUUGGGGUUCAUCUUGUGUUAGCCUGUCAACCAUAUUUCUUCCUGUCUCCUCUUUCUGCCUCUCUCUGGUUGCUCUGCCUUGUUAAAACUGAGGUAAGACAUGACAUGCUGCCAAGAGUAUCUGCUUAAAAUAAAGUUAGGUGAAAUAGCAUCUGGAGAGCACACAUCUGGAAAGCAAAAGGAGGAGAUGCUGAAGCAGUUGAGUUUUGGCCCUUAAACAGCAAACCCUGCUCGGCUCCAGUGCACCUUCGCGCGUCUGGCUGAGGGAGCACUAAACUGGAUUACAUUGACUUCUUCAUAAACUGCCUCUGAGAUGUGUCUCCAAGCUGAUAUGAUUAUUGUACAAUACGUCGCUGAGAGACCAAGCCUGUUGGUCUCUGAACAAAGCUUGGACCUUUCCGGGGUUCAAGCGUUGUUAUUUCCAUUACAAGCCUCAUGUCAAGAGGGAAUAGUUUUGAGCGAUCAUUCGUUUUCUUGCAGAAGGUUGGAUGAGAAGACUGAUACCACUCUAAUGUUUGUAUGCCAUAUGAAACUGGAGCCAGUUAGCAGGUUAGCACAAAGACUGAAAACGGGGAAAUAGGUAAGAAAAUCUCCAAUAAAGAUCUGACAUAUCAUUUGUUCAAUCGGUAUAACAACUGAAGCUUAUGAACAACAAUCUGUCGUUUGUUGUGGGUUGUGUGCUGGACUAUUUCUUGGCUCCAAGCAGUUGCCAGGCAACCGGGAGGUGAAACUGUCAACAAUCUAGAUGGAAAACAACGAAUCCACCAACUUAACAGUUACAUCUAAAUAAAAUCCAAGUUUAACAAUCGUAAACCAAUUCAGCUCAUUUGAAAGGAACUAUAAACUGUUAGUGAGUAACUGGUUUCACUUGUUUAUUAACUUCUACAAAUAUGUAACACAGGAUAAGAAGCCAUUUAAGGACAGUUAUCUGGUUUGACUAGUUAAUCAGUGGUGGAAACCCUUUUGGAAAUAUGCGUCACUCCCAAGUCAGAACAGCGGAAAGUGUUAUUGUAACUUCAGAAAGAGUCAGGCUACAGAAAGUGUAACGCAAUCACGAGAGGAAAAUAGAGAAAUUGUUUCCCUGUUUUUUUUAGAUUAAUAUCUCAGAAUUAUGGGAAAAUAAAUCUGCUCUAUUUUUGUGAAUUAAAGAGAUACUUCAAAAUACAAAGAGAAGCUCUCAUUUACUUGAGAGCUUGAUUUCAUGGAAGCAAACAUGUCCCGUCUGUUUAGUUUAAUCCAGUUUUAUCUUGGUUUGGAUUUGAGAUAUUGAUAUGGAGAUACUCAUGUCUUUGAGUAGUAGAGAUGGUAUUCUUAUUAGUUUGUUGCACCUUUAGGACUUUAUAAUUGUUCAGACAUAAAUUCCAGCCUGAUCCUCCGGACAUUGCAACGUUUUUCUGUUUUCAAGGAUCACUUGAACCAAUAUGCUUCAUGGGUAUGAGAUGAUGCAUCUGAAAUGCAUUCAGGCUGGCUCAAGAGACAAUCAGGCAACUGUGCCUCACUUGCAAUCAUGUUUAAACUAAACAUACAGGACAUGUUUGCUUCCAUGAAAUCGAACUCUCGAGUAAAUAAGAACUUCUCCUGGGUAUCAAAAUUCAGAGCAGAUCUUUCACUCUAAUGAAAACAUUUUUCCAGAAUUCUAAGAUAAUAAUCCUGUUAAUUCUCUCAGCUGUUUGCUGAAUUAAGCUAACCCGCUGCUACUUUUACCAAACAGACGUGAGAGUGGUAUUGAUUCUCAAUUCAAACCAAAAUGUCAAACUUUUCCCUUAACCUUAAUUACCAGAAAAGAGAUGGAUCUGCCUGUAUCUGUUGAUUGUCCACCAAUUAUCAUAUGUUAUAGAGUGUAACUUUUAAACACUGUUUUGUUGUUCUUGUUCUUGUGAUUGUUCUAUUAUCUUUUAUACAAUGUUCGGGUGUCCUUUGUUGUUUAAUUUGAGAGUCAUCGUGCUCAGCAGAUCUGUGAUCGUUGUUGAAGUAAGAUUAA